AUGGCGGCGGCGGCGGGCGGCCUGGGCGGCGCGGCGGGCCCCGGGCCCGAGGCCGGCGACUUCCUGGCCCGGUACCGGCUGGUGUCGAACAAGCUGAGGAAGCGCUUCCUGCGGAAGCCGAACGUGGCGGAGGCCGGCGAGCAGUUCGCGCAGCUGGGUCGCGAGCUGCGCGCCCAGGACUGCCUGCCCUACGCGGCCUGGUGCCAGCUGGCGGUGGCGCGCUGCCAGCAGGCGCUGUUCCACGGGCCCGGGGAGGCGCUGGCCCUCGGCGAGGCCGCCCGCCUCUUCCUGCGGCAGGAGCGCGACGCGCGCCAGCGCCUGGCCGGCCCCGCCGCCUACGGGGAGCCGCUGCAGGCCGCCGCCAGCGCCCUGGGCGCCGCCGUGCGCCUGCACCUGGAGCUGGGCCAGCCGGCCGCCGCCGCCGCGCUCUGCCUCGAGCUGGCCGCCGCCCUGCGCGACCUGGGCCAGCCGGCCGCCGCCGCCGGCCACUUCCAGCGCGCCGCUCAGCUCCAGCUGCCGCAGCUGCCCCUGGCCGCGCUGCAGGCCCUCGGCGACGCCGCCUCCUGCCAGCUGCUGGCGCGCGACUACAGCGGCGCCUUGGCGGUCUUCACGCGCAUGCAGCGCCUGGCGCGGGAGCACGGCAGCCACCCGGGCCCGCCGCCGCUGCCGGGGCCCCAGCCCGGACCCGGCGCGGCCCCCGGCCUGGCCCUGCCGGCAGCGCCGCCCGCUCCGAGCGCGAGCGCCCACGCGGGCCCUGCGGCGCCCGCCUGUCCCGCUGCGCUGGGCGCCUUCGCGGACGUGCUGGCCCGCUGCGAGGUGUCCCGCGUGCUGCUGCUGCUGCUCCUGCAGCCACCGCCCGCCCGGCUGCUGCCGGAGCACGCCCGGACCCUGGAGACGUACUCCUGGGAGGCCUUCGACGGCCACGGGCAGGACGGCGGCGGGCAGCUCCCAGAGGAGCUCUUCCUGCUGCUCCAGUCCCUGGUGAUGGCCACCCACGAGAAGGACACGGAAGCCAUCAAGUCGCUGCAGGUGGCGCUGUGGCCGCUGCUGACUGCCGAGCAGAACCACCUCCUCCACCUCGUGCUGCACGAAACCAUCUGCCCCUCGGGACAGGGCUUCUGAUGAGUCACUUGGGCCAGGAGGCUCUUGCCUGUGCCCAGGUCUCACGGGGUCCGCCUUUGCGGUUGGAGACAGAAGAAGAGACAUCAGGGAUCCUGGGCCCACGCUUGAUGUUCUUCCUGCUGCCACCGCAGGGACUGGUCACCGCAGUGGCGGUCACCUGCGUCCCGUGUGCUUAUGCGAGGAAA